GAAAAUGAAGUUGUUGGUCGAGUUCACUUAUAAGCAUUCGAGAGAACGAAGCAACAUGGAAGAUCGGUGCUUUGCCUGUUAUCACUUGAUCAUUUCAAUAUGGGUUCCCAUAUGGAUUCUGUACGGCCGCUCGACGCAUCUCAGUUGAGAUACGCCUACACCACCGCUCCACGAGAGGUACCCGAUGCCAAAAUCCUCACCGGCACCCAUAAGACAAUCUGUACCGACCACAUUAUUGUUGCAUCUUGGAACGUCGAGAGCGGCUGGUCCGUCCCGGAGCUGAAGCCCUACGGUCCUUUCAGCCUUCUUCCCAGUGCAUCCUGCCUCCACUAUGCCUACGAAUGUUUCGAAGGACUCAAGGCCUACCGAGGCCAUGACGGAAAACUACGAAUGUUUCGAACAGACUGCAAUUCCAGACGCCUUCUGAUGUCUGCCGAGCGGAUCUCCCUUCCUCAAUUUGACCCGGACGAAUUAGAAAAACUCAUAUAUGCAUUGCUCUCGGUGGAGGGUACCAAGUGGCUCCCCAAGAGUCGCGCCGGAGACUUUUUAUACGUGCGCCCAACAAUUAUCGGCACAGAUUCCCAGCUUGGCGUUGCAAGGCCAACAGAGGCUCUGUUGUAUAUCAUUGUCGGCUACAUGGCUCGCAUGGACACGCCAGCUGGCGGAAAACGCCUGCUGACGAACCCUGACGAUAUGGUUCGCUCAUGGGUGGGCGGAUUUGGUUAUGCCAAGGUUGGCGCCAACUAUGGGCCGUCGGUGCUGGCCACUCAAGAGGCCUAUCGUCGAGGUUAUCAUCAAAUUCUGUGGCUGUAUGGCCCUGAAGGCAAUUGUACCGAGGCAUGCGGGAGCAACUUCUUUGUGAUUUGGAAACGCAAGGAUGGCAAGAAGGAGCUUAUCACAGCCCCGUUGGAUGAUCAGCUAAUCUUGAAUGGAGUCACCCGCCGAAGUUGCCUUGACUUGGCGAGAGAGCGACUGAAGGAUGAGCUCGAAGCCACCGAGCGCAAGUUCACCAUUGGUGAAAUCCAGGAGGCAGCUGCGGAAGGCCGACUUCUGGAGUCGUUUGCUGCUGGUACAGCUUGGUUUAUUACUCCGAUCGCUAUGAUUCACCACCACGGAAAAGACAUCAAUAUCCCAACUGGCCCCGAUGGCACACCGACUGAAAUCACGGGGAGAAUUAAGGGAUGGUUGGGCGAUAUGAUGUAUGGGCGCGUGGAGCAUGAAUGGGCAAGAGUGGUGCCCGAGAAGGAGCUGAAGAACUUUAAAAUAAAGCGUGAUAUACUAUAUCAUUGAAACUUCAUUGUCUCUUGAUUACCGAGCCGCUCAGGUAACGAGUAGAACAAGGGCGGCGACAGCCCACCAGGUUCUCUUUUGGAGGGGACGAGAAAUAUGCAGCAACUACGGAACCAAGAAAGUAAAUGUUAUGAAAGAGGUGAGUUGUACGUUGAAUAGAUGCGGUUCACUUACAGCCUUAACCAGCGCCCUCGAGUGAUAUUUCAAGGUCAUAUAAUGCAGUGUCGGUCCAACAUAU